GCGUUGCCCAGACUGUCACCAUGCCAUGACUUUCUGUGGCCAGGGUUGCCCGUGACCCCCUGGCUGAGCUGCCUGUGCUGAGUAUCUCCACUCAGAGUCAUUCUCACACCCUGUUUCUGUACCAGUCCCUAAGGGGUGGGGUGUGCGUUUGCCCGGCCUCCUCUGCUUCGACUGCCUCUUCUCCCCGUUCCUUUCUCUAGUCACUCGUUCCUGCGUGUCAGUUUGGGGUCAUGGAGAUUAGGUUUAUCCUUUACAUUAUAACCCACGCCUGUCUUUCCUCUUGUGGUUCAGAUCGUUCCACUUGGUCGUCGGGAGCCUUUCACUUGGCUCCACUUCCCCUGACCCCCAUCACUUCUGGCUUCUGGUGUUGAACGUGUCCUUUCCCUCUGUACCUCACAGAGUUCCCGUUCACCCUCCUAUUUCCUAUCCCUCUCAUUUUGUUGUUGUUUUUUUGCGGUGCUGGAGAUGAGCCCAGGAUCUCACCCAGGCCCACUCUCCACCUGAGCCGUACUCCAAAACUGCCUGCAUUGUUUUAAACCAUGGGCACUGAGCAUCUCAGUCCCUCAGGGUACCUUCAGGGCCACCCACAGGGGACCGAGAUGUGUGUGGGCCUUGGGAGACCCUUUACUGCAGAGCAAGCAGUGGUGCCAGAAGAAAAAGUACCUUUUCUUUCUUUCAUUCUUUUUUUUUUUUUUUGGUGGGACUGGGAUUUGAACUCAGGGCUUUACACUUGCAAAGCGGGUGCUCUACCGCUUGAGCCACUCCUCCAGUCUGUUUGGCUCUGGUUACUUUGCAGAUGGGGGUAGGUCUCAUGAACUAUUUGCCCAGGCUGACCUUGAACUGAGAUCCUCCUGAUCUCAGCCUCCCAAGUAGCCAAAAUUAUAGGCAUGAGCCACCAGCACCCAGCCUGAAAGAGUCCUUUUCCAAACGUGUCUUGGUGGCCGGUGACUCCAGGCAAGGUCCCCCUGGAAGGCAUCGUGCAGCCUGGUAAUUGUCCUAAUGCUCAUUGAGUCUGGGAAGGUGGGCCCCCCCAGCCUGUCCCCAUGCCAUCAUUCUGUCUGCUGAGUGACUUCAGUGGCCUCUUCCCCUCUCUGCUUUACUUGAACCAGGUUAAGGAACUGACUGUGAGAAUCACAUGCAGGAAGUGACAGAAAGGCCUUUGUCAGCGAUGAAGCAAGCAGCCCUGGGGACAGUGGCAUCAGAAAGCGAGAGAGGGUGCCCUCUCCAUGUAGGGGGCUGAAGCCAGGUUGGGGACAGGCCACCCAGUCCUCGGGAGGAGUAGUCACCAACCACUGGGGCUGGCCUCGUCUCACUCAGCCCUUCUCGCUCCCCAGGACCGAGUCCCCGCUGUCCGAGCAGGCCUGGGAUGGGUGAUGGUGUGAAGGAAGGCCCGGUGCGCCUGAGUGAGGAUGCUGAAGCCGUCCUGUCCCCACCCAUCUCCGCAAAGAGGGAUCAUCGGCAGGUGCUCAGCUCCCUGCUGUCUGGGGCCCUGGCUGGCGCUCUUGCCAAGACGGCGGUAGCUCCCCUGGACCGAACCAAGAUCAUCUUCCAAGUGUCUUCGAAAAAGUUUUCUGCCAAGGAGGCCUUCCGGCUCCUCUACUUCACCUACCUCAAUGAGGGCUUCUUCAGCCUGUGGCGCGGGAACUCGGCCACCAUGGUGCGCGUGGUGCCCUACGCCGCCAUCCAGUUCAGCGCGCACGAGGAGUACAAGCACAUCCUGGGUCGCUACUACGGCUUCCGCGGAGAAGCCCUGCCCCCGUGGCCUCGCCUCCUGGCUGGUGCCAUGGCUGGAAUCACAGCGGCCUCACUCACCUACCCCCUGGACCUGGUCAGGGCAAGGAUGGCCGUGACCCCGAAGGAAAUGUACAGCAACAUCUUUCACGUCUUCGUCCGCAUCUCCCGGGACGAGGGGCUGAAGACCCUGUACCACGGCUUCACGCCCACCGUGCUGGGCGUCAUCCCCUACGCCGGCCUCAGCUUCUUCACCUACGAGACGCUCAAGAGCCUGCACAGAGAGUACAGCGGCCGGCCGCAGCCCUACCCCGUGGAGCGCAUGGUGUUCGGGGCGUGCGCGGGCCUCAUCGGCCAGUCGGCCUCCUACCCGCUGGACGUGGUGCGGCGGCGCAUGCAGACGGCGGGCGUGACGGGCCACCCGCACGACUCCAUCGUGGGCACGCUGCGCACCAUCGUGCGCGAGGAGGGCGCGGUGCGCGGGCUGUACAAGGGCCUGAGCAUGAACUGGCUCAAGGGCCCCAUCGCCGUGGGCAUCAGCUUCACCACCUUCGACCUCACGCAGAUCCUGCUGCGGCAUCUGCACAGCUAGGCCACCGCGGCCCGAGCGCGGCCGGCCAGGGCGCCCCGACGACCAAGCGGGCCGCGGGCGCGAAGCGGGCGCGCCCUUGCAGAGCGGUGAGCGCAGUGCUGGGACGAGCGCUGCGGGUCGCGGCGGUCCCCUCCCCGUCCUCCGGGGACUGGCGCCGGUUGCCCAGGUGUCACCCAAGAGGCCCUGGAGCGGUCAGCACCGCCUCCUGUCCUGUGACGUGCGUGCCGCCGUCUGGAUUCUAGUGACCCCCGUGCACACUAGGCUCUGAGCCGCUCUUCCCGCUCAGUCCUUUGGGCCAGCGCCCUUGACACUGGCUGGCCCUGCCUCUCCCGCGCCAGCCUUGGUCCCCGAGGCCCUGUCCUGACGGCCUUGGGCACACCCUAGCCUCCAGGGCAGGGUGGGGCCCAGGAGCAGGACUUCCUGGCUGUUCCCACCUGUCUGGCACAUGGCCUUCCCCGAGGGUCCCACUGGGUCGUGUCCCCCCCCCACAACUGUUAGGCACAGCGACAGGAAGCCACUUCAGAGGCGGCUCACACCAACCUGGGGAUGUCCAGCGCCCAGGCCACCCCUCCAGGCCCAGAAACUCCCUUGCCACCAGUAGCGUUGAUGGAGGCGGGUGGCCCUGGCCUCCGCACACCCUGACACCGUCUUGCUGGCUCAGCAGCCACCUGGCACAGGGACCUGGGCAGUCGGAGCUGUCUCCGGACGUUUCCAGUGGUGGCCUGUGUUUAAUGUCCCUCUCGCCUUUCUGUCCUUGCCAUGAGCCUGGUGUGAGGACUCCUCUGGCCUUCCUCACCUCUGUCCCUGAUGGCUGGGAGGGACUGUCCUUUGAGGCACAGUUGUCACCCAGCAGGAAAGGCUGGGACCCCCACGGGGAGUCAGGAGGGGCCCACCCCAGGCAGGUGACAGCGAAUGGCUGGCCAGACGGGAGGGGAAGGCCGAGGGUCCCUGGUCCUGCUGGCCCACGUCCCUCCCUCGGGGGCCUGGCUGGGCUCACCCCGCCCCGCUGGCCGCUGGUCGGGAGUUCUAUUUUGAUGCCAUGAAGUCACUUUGUUUAUAUAUAAUGUUUAUAUAUUUUAAAGACUUGUGCCAAGAGAGUAUAUUUAAUAAAAAUUUAAACUCCUGU